AGAUGGAUGGUAAAUUCCCUUUGUUUUUGUCCACCAGGAGUGAGAAGGAGGCAUUUGAGAAUCCAGUGGCUUUCCCUCCGGAGCUGAGGUGGAGGAUCUGGGACUUCUGCGAUAUAAAUUAUUUUCUGGAGAGAGGCAUGGAGCAAUUCAGAGAUGUGUUGCUACCUGGACUACACCUGAAGAAAGCAAACGUCACUCUGGAUCCAGACACAGCUCAUCCCAGCCUCAUCCUGUCUGAGGAUCAUAAAAGUGUGACAUUGGGAGAUGAAGAACAAGAUCUGCCCGAUAAACCUGAGAGAUUCAACAUCCACUCUUAUGUGCUGGGACAUCAGGGAUUCACAGCAGACAGACAUUUCUGGGAAGUCCGUGUGGGAAGUGUGGGAGAAUGGGCUGUAGGAAUCACCAGAAAGUCUGUGAGGAGAAAAGGCCUGAUUGGCUUUAGUCCUAAGGAAGGAAUCUGGGCUGUGAGUUAUUCUGGAGGUGUAUACUGGGCUUACAACCCCCCUGAUUAUCCUCGUCUGUCCCUGAGUGGGGAGCUCAAGAGGAUCCGAGUGUCUCUGAACUGUGCUGGGGGCCGGGUGUCCUUUUACGAUGCUGACAGGGGGACCCUCCUCUAUGCCUUCUCUGGAGCCUCCUUUGCAGGAGAGACUCUACUGCCCUUCUUUCAUGUGUGGGGAGAUGGCCAUCUCAGCAUCUCUCCUUAAAGCAGCUAAAAGCCUUCCUUACUUCCUCCAC